UAUGAUAUAGAUAAAGCGAAUAUACUCGCGCUUCUCUGCUUGAUUCUUCCCUUUAACCCCUACUGUUUGUCUAAACCCCUGCCACCUCUCUUUGUCUUCUUUACAACCAUUCAUCAAGUGAGCUAUACCCAAUUUGUUGUUCUAUAAAGGUAAUGAAUUAAAUCUGUUAAAUCUUACCUUUACUUUGUUUUUCGGGGAAAAAGGGCAAAUCUUUUCUUCUAAUUCUCUUGUAUUAGUUAUUGAGGAUUGAAGUUUGGCAUUUGGCUUUUUUCAGGCAUAUAUAUGCAUAUUGUUUAGCAGAACCAAGCACCAUCCUUAGAAUUUCUGGAAGUUCAUAGAAUAAGGGUGUUUGUUAUCCAUCAUGGCACAUUUACUCUCAACUUCUUGCUCCUUAAAGUUGUCCUCCAGCUGCAGAUCUUACUCUCAACUUUUGAACCAAUGCCCAACUACAUGCAGUAGCUUUUUUAAGAUUCAAACUUCAAGAUCUCCUUCCAGAAGGCUUAUGUUGCAAGGGAAGAGACCAAACAGAAGUUUUGUUAUCCAAGCAACUGCGGUCCCAGUGAGCCAAGAAGCUCCAUCUCAAUCAAGCUCCGAUUCCUACGAUACUCCUGGUGAAUCAUCCAAGCCACGACGGGUCAUGGUCAUUGGUGGAGAUGGCUACUGUGGUUGGGCCACUGCUCUCCACCUAUCCAACAAAGGUUAUGAGGUUGCUAUUGUUGACAGCCUCAUCCGUCGUCUUUUUGACCACCAACUUGGUCUAGACUCUCUGACCCCUAUCUCUUCCAUCCACAACAGGCUCCGCUGUUGGAAAUCACUCACUGGAAAAAAAAUUGAACUCUAUAUUGGUGAUAUUUGUGACUUUGAAUUCUUAUCAGAAACCUUCAAUUCAUUUGAGCCUGACGCUGUAGUCCAUUUUGGGGAGCAACGCUCAGCUCCAUAUUCAAUGAUUGAUAGGUCUAGAGCUGUGUUUACUCAGCAUAACAAUGUUAUCGGUACACUUAAUGUUCUCUUUGCUAUAAAGGAAUUCAGAGAGCAGUGCCAUUUAGUGAAGCUUGGGACAAUGGGAGAAUAUGGAACACCAAACAUUGACAUUGAAGAGGGUUAUAUUACAAUUACCCAUAAUGGAAGAACAGACACUUUGCCUUACCCUAAGCAAGCCAGUUCUUUCUACCACCUUAGUAAAGUUCAUGACUCAAAUAAUAUAGCCUUCACGUGCAAGGCUUGGGGAAUUAGAGCUACUGAUCUAAACCAAGGAGUAGUUUAUGGAGUAAGAACUGACGAGACUGAAAUGCAUGAGGAACUCAGCAACAGGUUUGAUUAUGAUGGAGUUUUUGGGACCGCAUUGAAUCGGUUUUGUGUCCAGGCUGCUGUUGGUCAUCCUCUUACUGUAUAUGGAAAGGGAGGUCAGACCAGGGGCUACCUUGAUAUAAGAGAUACAGUUCAGUGUGUAGAACUCGCCAUAGCAAAUCCAGCUAGGCCUGGAGAAUUUCGGGUCUUCAAUCAAUUUACUGAGCAGUUCUCUGUCAAUGAACUUGCUUCCCUUGUAAUAAAAGCAGGAGAAAAACUUGGGUUAGAUGUGAAAACAAUAUCUGUGCCCAAUCCACGAGUAGAGGCAGAAGAACAUUACUACAAUGCCAAGCACACUAAGCUCAUUGAACUGGGGCUCAAACCGCACCUUCUUUCAGACUCUCUUCUUGAUUCAUUGCUCAACUUUGCUAUAAAGUUCAAGGAUCGUGUUGAUUCUAAACAGAUAAUGCCCAAUGUUUCUUGGAGAAAAACUGGUGUCAAGCCAAAGACUGUUGCAGCCUAAUCAAGCGAAUGCAGUUUAUAGAUGCACAUUUGAGAAAGUUGUUAACCAGCCUGAUGUUCUGUCAUUUCCGUUCUCUGUUUUUAGUAGCAGCUGCCGCUUUUUCAACUUUCCCCUUAAAUUUUAGUAUUUAGGUUUUUAGUCGUAAUCUAUACUAGCUAAUCGGAUGUAAACAUGUAUCAUGAAUCUCGAGUUCAGGGUUUUUGUUGGCCUAGUCUUGAUUGUACUAGGUAUAUGCCUUGUGCUAAUGUGGUAUGAUAAGAUAGUGCUCGAUGUAAUAUCUUGAGAGAGAGAGAGAGUGCGAAAUAUUGUCAUUUACACAUUAUUAAAUAAUUGAUAAAGGAGUUGUGUUUUGAUGUGGUCA